AUGAAUAUUAUCGAGGUGGAUCCUGUUAUCGAAGCGAUACUAGCAUUCGAAUGGUUGUAUAACACCAUUGCACCUGAAUUACAUAGUGCUCGAAUAAGCGGAUGUCAAACGAUAGAGCCGAAAAAACAAUUACUCGCUAUAUUAUGGCUAUUGGCAACUCCUGACAGCUACAGAUCGGUUGGCAAUCGUUUUGAUAUGGGAAAAUCUAGCGUUUUUGUUACUUUUGUCAGGGUAAUUAGAGUCAUAAAUCGCUUGGCUCCUCGUUUAAUAACUUGGCCUUUUGGAGAUAGAGCUGUUCAAAACGAGGACAAAUUCUAUCAUAUGGCACAUAUUAAAGGGGUAGUAGGAGCUAUCGAUGGUACAUAUGUACCAAUUAAAGCACCCAUGGAAAAUCCAGAAGUUUAUAUAAAUCGCAAAUGCUUCUAUGGUCUUACUCUUCAAUGCAUCUGCGAUAGUUCUAGGAUAUUUACUAAUUGUUUUACAGGCUAUCCAAGCUCAGUUUCCGACGUGAGAAUUUUUAGAAAUUCAGAUAUUUAUGCAGAGUUCUUGGAACAUCCAAAUAAAUAUUUCGAAGGCAACAAAUUUAUAAUUGGUGAUAAAGCUUAUCCCGUACACACAUGGUGUGUACCUCCGUACAUUGAUAGAGUUUGGCCAAAUGGCAAACUGAUUUCAACACAGCACAUUCAAAAGCGAGACAAAGUGCCACCGCAUAAUUCGCGUAUUGUUCAGCAGACGCUAAACGAUAGAUUUUUCCAUAAAUGGAUUGGACACGGUGGUCCUAGAAAUUGGCCUGCUCGAUCACCGGAUCUAAAUCCUAUGGACUUUUUUUUAUGGGGUCACUUAAAACAAUAUGUUUACCAGGAACCGAUUGAUGAUCUCGAAGAAUUAGAAGACAAAAUAAUAGAAGCCAUUGCCACUAUAACACCUAAUAUGAUUAUUAGCGCUACAACAAAUCUUCUUCGACGCGCCCAAUUGUGUAUUGAGUGCGAUGGUGGUCAUUUCGAACAGUUUCUGUAA